AAAAGAAAAGAAAAGAAAAGAAAAGGAAAGUGCGUCACCAUUCAGCACGUGACAAGGUCUCGCGAUAAGGGGGCCAUGUGAUUCUACGCAGUUUUACCGAUAAGUCCGUAUAUAGCAAACGUAUACGAUAACGUUAAUAUUAUUUGAAUUUGGUGCUAAAUUCACAUUAUUGGGCGAUUUACAUACGAACAAGGUUUUUACAGUCAUGAGGCGAAGUAAAGCUGAUGUUGAACGCUACAUUUCCUCUGUACAGAGCCUCUCUCCGUCUCAAAAAGAGAAGCCAGUAAAAGGAUUUUUAUUUGCCAAGUUGUAUGCUGAAGCCAAGGAAUAUGAACUCGCAAAAAGACAUGUUGCAGAAUAUUUAAGUGUGCAGGUCAGGGAUCCCAAAGCGCACAGGUUCCUUGGCCAGCUACAUGAACAAGAAGGUGAAAUUGAAAAAGCUGUUGGAUGUUACAAGCGUUCAGUGGAUCUGAACCCAGCUCAGCGAGACCUGGUUCUGAAAGUGGCUGAACUUCUGUGUGGUAAGCCGGUACUUGACAGCAGGGCAGAGUUCUGGGUGGAGAAGGCUGCCAAACUGUUGCCUGGUAAUCCUGCUGUCUUUGACUUGAGGGAAAAACUGCUGAGCUUGCAGGGACAGCGAGGUUGGAACCAGCUAUAUGACCUGCUGCAGUCAGAGCUCCAGCUUCGGCCCUCUAAUGCCCACGUUAACCGUAAACUGGUGCAGCUCUACUGCUCUGAUGGGCGUUUAGAGGAUGCAGCCAGACACUGUCUAGAUGUUGAAAGAUCUGGCGUUUUGAAACAUAACCUGGACUGGCACAAAACAGUCAUUCUCACUCUUCAGGAAUAUCUUGCUCAACCCAGUGUAUCAUCUAAUGACAAGGCAUGUCACACAUUUCAAAAGGAGUUUUUGCUGGCUCACUGCAAUGUGCUGAGACUCACACUUGCAGAAAAGGGAUGCCAAGAGAGCCUGGACGCCCUUCAGAUAUUCGACCAAGCUAUGCAGACGUUGAAAAACACUGCCACAAAUGCAGCUGGUGAGUUCUUGGAGGUGUUCACAGAAAUGAGAGCUCACCUGUAUCUUUAUGCUGGGACCCUGCUUCUGAAGAUGGCCAUGGAAAAGGAACAGCAGUGGAGAGCUGUUGUUGAUUUGGCGGCUCUUUGUUACAUUGUGGCUUACCAGGUUCCCAAGCCAAAGACAAAACCUGCUAAAGGAGACCAGGUGACACCCAAGCCUCCUUUGGAGGCAAUAGCAUGUUAUCGACAAAGCCAAGCGGGCCACAUGCUGGUAAAUUUGAACCAAGAUACGGUGCACUUUGUUAAAGAGGUGGUGGAGGUGUUUGGGAACAGGAGCGGACAGGACAGCCUGUUUGAGAUGCUCUUCAAUAUGCAAACCUCUGGCCAUUCAUUUAUUGAGAAUGAUGACAUCUCGGGCAUCAGGACACAGGCACCAGACAUGAAAGAACUUGCCAAGUCGGAUAGUGGUUCUGUCUUGCACUGUGGGGAUUUGCAGCAUUUAACAUGGCUGGGCCUGCAGUGGUCCAUGAUGGGCCAGAGACCUGCCCUGAAAGACUGGCUUACACAGCUCUUCCCUCGGCUCACUCUGGAGACAUUCAAACUGGACACCAACACUCCAGAGUCCAUCUGUCUGCUUGACCUCGAAGUCUUUUUAUGUGGUGUUAUAUUCACAAGCCACACUCAAUUACAAGAGACUGAGAAGAUUUCUGCAAACUCCAGACUACAUGAACCAAAAUGUUUGCCCUUGCAGCUCAUGAGACUCUUAUCCUCAGAGAAACAAAGGGAGUGGUGGGAUGCAGUCUACAGUCUCAUUCAUAAAAAAGCAGCACCUAAUAUGUCUGCUAAACUGCGAAUGAUUGUCCAGCAUGGCCUGAGCACUCUGCGAGCUAGAGAGAAACAUGGCCUUCAGCCUGCCUUGCUCAUCCACUGGGCUAAGCAUCUCAGCGUAAUGGGAGAUGGAGUCAACUCCUACUAUGACCAGAAGGAGUAUGUUGGCCGCAGUGUCCAUUACUGGAAUGUUGUGCUACCCUUGCUUGAGAAAAUAGAGAAAAGGAGAACUAUUGCAGAACCUCUUGAUCCCUUGUUCAUGCAUUUUAGGAGUAAGGAUAUACAGGUGUCUGAAGUCAAAGGCUAUGAAGAAGAGGCCGUGAUAGCUUUUGCUACUCUCCUUGACAUUGAGGGCAAAACUGAACAAGCCAUCGUAAAGCUUGAGAACCUCAAUUGCAUCUCCUCCCAUUGGCAUCUUGCUCGGAUCUAUCAGAGGCUUUCUGAGGAGGCAGGGAAUGGUGUUGAAGAAACUCGAGACAUGUGUAUCAACUUUCUCCAGCAGUUCAGGAAAUGCUUAUCAAAGAUCUACAAUGCCAGUGCAGACGAUGUGGAGAAGCUACCUGUGUCAAUGGAGGAAAUUAUAGAUUUACUCAAUGAUGUCAAUCAGCAACUUGGAGAAAACAGAGAGGCUAUGGACCAAACUGAUGGAGGACUUGCAAUCACCUCUAGCCCAAGACUAUUAACGGAAGCAGACGUUGCUUUGCCUCACAAAUUCUCCAUGUCGUCCCCAGCCAAAAGUGUACUCUCUCCCUCCAAAAGACCAGUGUUUUCUCCCAAGAUGGCUCCACAUUGGGCAGAAGAUCAGAAGUCAAUCUUACAAGUGCUCUGUCAAAAGGUUGAGGCAUUGAAGAAUGAGGUACAUGACCUGAGGCAAAAUGCGUCAGAGGGCACGGACUCCCAUUAUCACAGGAAUGUGUAUGCAGGAAGUUAUUCUGGAGAAGCCCUUCAGGAACAAUUUCCAGCUGCACAAACAUUUCCUGGAGUGCCACUUACAGUUGCUACCACAGGUCCCUCAGGCUAUUACAGUCAGUCCCCUGCAUAUAAUUCACAGUACCUUCUUCGCACUGCUGCUAAUGUAACCCCAACAAAGGCUCCAGUCUAUGGCAUGAAUCGUCUCCCUCAGCAGCAUAUGUAUGCCUACCAGCAGCCAGCACACACCCCACCUCUUCAAACAACCACUUGCAUAUAUCCUCAAGACCAGGUCUUUGGUACUCCACUUAGGUUUGAGUCACCAGUCACAGCCUUACUCUCCCCCUACAGUGAAGAAUACUGCAGUCAUAAUGUUUCCCAGCCUUCUGCUAAUCCAACAUUGCCGGAGCCUGGGUACUUCACUAAGCCACCCGUCACACCUGUACAGUCUUAUAAGAGCAGUGAAGCUAAGUCUGUUGACUUGAAGAUGAACUUUGGUCAGCAAAUUCCUACUGAAACUCCCAAAGUUCCCAUUUUUGGUGCUGCAGCAGCAGCCCAGACAACCCCAGCAGCAGCUUCCUUUAAAUUCAAUUCAAAUUUCAAAUCUAAUGAUGGAGACUUUAUCUUUUCAUCAACCCAGGGGAAAAACAACAGUGAAAGCCUUUUGGAGCUUCUGACUUCAGAUAUUCCUCCCAGAACUGAAGGACUUUCAGCUCUGAACCUUCAGAAACCAGACCACACGCCCAGCCAUGGUGGUGUCUUCACUUUUGGGAGUAAAACUCCUUCAGGAUUUCCAUUUACUGAUGGUGCCCAGGGCAAAACCAAUCUUCUUGGAAAAUCUGACCAAACAUUUGGCUUUGCAGUACCUAGGACAGGAAACACAGAGGAAAAGGAGAAAUAUGAGGAAAGUGAUGACAGCACCCACAUUGAAGAGGAUGAGGAUGGACCCCAUUUUGAACCCAUUGUCCCACUGCCUGACAAGGUGGAUGUAAAAACUGGUGAAGAGGAGGAAGAGGAGAUGUUCUGUAAUAGGGCAAAACUGUUCCGUUUUGAGGCAGAAACAAAAGAGUGGAAAGAAAGAGGCAUUGGUAGUGUCAAAAUCCUGAAACACAAAACAUCGGGCAAAUUUCGGUUGUUGAUGAGGAGGGAACAAGUUCUGAAAAUAUGUGCAAAUCAUUACAUAACUCCAGACAUGGUUUUGAAACCAAAUGCUGGGUCUGAUAAAUCAUGGGUAUGGCAUGCUAUUGACUAUGCUGAUGAGAUGCCAAAGAUGGAACAGCUGGCCAUUCGCUUUAAAACUGCAGAUGAAGCAACAUUAUUCAAAUUAAAAUUUGAAGAGGUUCAGAGAGCUACUCUUAAAUCUCUGCAAAUGCAAGAUCAGCAGAAGGAAAAUGACUCCAAACCAUCCACCGUUGAGCAAACAAACAAAAAAAUUGAUCUAAAAACACAAUUUGCUAAGAAGGAAGGUGAAUGGGAUUGUGAUGUCUGCUGUGUAAGAAAUGGCGCCUCUUUCAAGACAUGUAUUGCUUGUAACACUCCCAAUCCAUGUGAUUUUACACAAGCUAAGCCAGCAGAGUGGUUCAGAAGCACCUCUGCUGUGACACCCUCUACUGGAACAUUUACUUUUGGACUUGGUGAAAGUUCUAAGGGUGUCAGUACUGAUACCAGCAUAAAGGGAUUUGGAUCUCAGAUUCCAUUUUCAUUCAAAUUUGGAACCCACACACCAGUUCCACCAACCAGUCAGUGUGACAAAAAGCCUGCCCAGUGGGAACCUUCAGCAGAUAAUGCUGUCAUACCAGAAAAUUCCUCUGUGCAUGUUGUAAGCAGCACUUCAAAUGUUGCACCAUCAUUUGCGUCUAGUUUUGCCUCUCAGUUUGCUAAGAAACCAGGACAGUGGGAUUGUGCCACAUGUUCAGUGAGGAAUGAGGCCUCUGCAAACAGUUGUGUUGCAUGUCAAACAUCAAAUCCAUUAACCAAAACUGUUAGUGCACUGGAAACUGUCAAGUCAUCACAAAGUCCAGCUUUUUCAUUUGGAACUGGAUUUCUCAAAAAAGAGGGACAAUGGGAUUGUGCUGUCUGCUUAGUCAGAAAUGAGCCAACUGCCACAAAAUGUAUUUCAUGUGAAGCCCCAUGUGUCGGUGAAAAAACUCAGUUGCCUCAGAGUGGCUUGGAUGCGUUUGGAAAGAAAAAUGGCCAGUGGGAUUGUGAUGCGUGUCUAGUAAGAAAUGAGGGCACAUCCAGUCAUUGUGUGUCCUGCCAGGCUCCCCAUCCUAAAAUUUCAGUUGCACCAGCCUUUAGUUUUGGCAGUAUGGUUAACCAACCUGCUACAAGUUUUAAAGCCAAAUUUGAUUCUAAUACCACCUUUCAGUUUGGUCAGAGUAAGAAAGAACCUGCAUCGUUUACAUUUGAAUCUUCUGCACCUCAGGUUGAAACAUCAAGCUGUAAAAAUGACCCCUUUUCAAUGUCGGUACCUUCCAGUGGAUUUCAGUUUGGUAAUACAGUAUCAGAAUCAAAGCUAGAAGAUGGUCAAGUACAAAGUGGGUCUGCGUCAGUGUUUUUGAAAAGUAUUGCUGAACAACACAGGGAGAAAGAAAAAGUAAUUUCUUCCACUUCUGUUCCAUCAAUGGGCAAGACUAGUAAUGAUGACAAUCCCCUCGUUACAGGAAAGCUCAAUACCUUAAGUUUUGCAGACCUGGCAAAUUCUUCACAAGGUGACUUUCAAUUUGGCCAAAGUGAUCCAAGUUUCAGAGGCUUUGCACGAGCCGGUGAACAACUUUUCACUUCAUUUCAAAACCAAAAGACAGAUACCCCUGCUAAUCAGGAGGAGGAGGAUAUGUACAAAACCGAAGAAAAUGACGAUAUCCAGUUUGAACCAGUGGUUAAGAUGCCUGAGAAGGUUGAUCUGGUUACUGGGGAAGAAGAUGAGCUGUGUCUGUACACACACCGUGUUAAACUCUUCAGAUUUGAUGGAGAAACACUUCAGUGGAAAGAACGAGGUGUUGGGAACCUUAAAAUUCUUAAAAAUAAUAAAAAUGGGAAGCUUAGAGUUCUUAUGAGGAGAGAGCAAGUGUUGAAAGUAUGUGCUAAUCACUUGAUCACUACCACAAUGAACUUAAAGCCCCUCCCUGGAUCAGAUCGUGCUUGGAUGUGGACAGCAAAUGACUUUUCUGAUGGAGAUGCCAAGCUGGAACAGUUGGCUGCCAAAUUCAAAAACCCAGAACUUGCAGAAGAGUUCAAGCAGAAGUUUGAGGAAUGUCAGCGACUCCUUUUGGACAUUCCUCUACAGACUCCUCACAAGCUUACAAAUUCUGACAGAACUGCACAUCUAAUACAGAAAGCUGAGGAGAUGAAGUGUGGUCUCAAAGAUCUCAAGUCUUUUCUGACAUUUGAUGGAAUUAAAGGCAGAGAAGAAGAAAGCAUUGCUACAGCUGUAAGUGACACCUCAGAACUCCCAAUCAGACCACAUCGUGAAGGCACUGGAACCACUUUGGAAUGGGACAAUUAUGAUUUCCAAGAAGUUCAUGAUGAAAGUACAAACACAUCUAUAUAUGCCUCUCCACUAGCUAGCAGCCCACUACAAAAAAAUUUGUUCCGUUUUGGAGAAUCAUCUACUUGCUUUAGUUUCAAUUUCAAGCCUGUUCUCAGUCCAUCAAAAUCCCCAGCUAAGCUAAGCCAGAGCAGGAUUUCUGUCGGCACAGACGAUGAACAAGAAACGACUCAAGAAGAGGAAAGGGACAGCCAAUUUUUCGAGCCAGUUGUGCCCAUGCCUGAUCUUGUUAAGAUUUCAACUGGUGAAGAGAAUGAGCAGGUUGUGUUCAGUCACAGGGCAAAGUUGUAUCGCUAUGAUAAAGACCUUAGUCAGUGGAAGGAAAGAGGUAUAGGAGACCUCAAAAUUUUACAAAACUAUGAUACUAAACGCACGAGGCUUGUGAUGAGACGGGACCAGGUCCUAAAAUUAUGUGCGAACCACUGGAUAACUUCAGAUAUGAACCUUGAGGCCAUGAAAGAAAAAGCAUGGAUCUGGAUUGCCUUUGAUUUUGCUGAAGGGGAAGGAAAAGUGGAGCAGUUAGCUGUGCGCUUCAAACUGCAGGAGACUGCAAAUUCCUUCAAAGAAUGUUUUGACAAAGCCAAGGAUGCCCAAGGAAAGAGAACUUUGCUUGUAGCUGAUCCCCCUGUGUCAACUUUGACUUCAGAAAAGACCAUUUGUGGUAAAGCUGCUAUUUCAGUUCUUGAAGAAACCACCAGAGAACAGACUGAACAGCCUUCUAAAAGCAGCCACACACCUAGUGGAGAAAUGAUAGUAGCUCACAGUCCAGAAAGCACCUCUAAAACGGUGGUCUCUCCCCCUAAGUUUGUUUUUGGCACAGAAUCGGUACAGAAAAUCUUUGGGAGCCCAUUUUCAUCUGCAGAGAGAACUCCCAGCACCGCAGCCGGUUCCAAAGAUAAGGUAUCAAGCAGUUCAGAUGCAAAAACAUUGGGAAGAGGAUCAAGCUCAACAGCAACUCCAUUCAAAGUGCCAGAAAAGGGAUUGGAUUUUAGGCUUUUUAAAGAUAACCCUAUGGCUUUUUGGACGUGCACAUCACCCACCCAAUUUGAACCUCCAGUUCCAUCUCAAACUCAGCAGGAUGUAAGGAAUGAUGAGGACCAGUGUGACUCGGAUGUUGAAAUUGUAUUUGAACGAAAGCCGACUGCAGAGCUAGAGGAAUUUGCCCGACAGCUGAUGCUCCCACCUGCAUUUUUUCUUUAUAAAGAUAAGCCAGGGUACUUCAGUGACGACAGCAAUGAUGAAGAUUAUGAAACUGCAGUUAAAAAUCUGAAUGGAAAGUUGUACCCUGAUUCUGGUGCCUCUAGCUCUGCACAAACCUACGAGGAUGUAAAAGACACAGAAUGUGUGCUUGUCUGGGAGAAGAAGCCGACCCUGGAGGAGGAGAGAAGGGCCAAGAUGCUUCAGCUCCCUCCCACGUUCUUCUGCGGGGCGGGUAGUGAUACAGAUACUGAGCCAGAUGGGCUAGAGGACUUUGGAAUAGAGCUACAAAAGGUCCAGGAAGCUCAGAGCAAAAUGAUCUGCCAACAGCAUUCCUGCUCCGCUGAUGGGCACACUAAGAGCAGUGAAGCCCGUAAAGAAAGCAGCAAGGCUACCACAGAUCGCACUGCCAUAGCUGAUGAUGGAAGUCCCAUUGAUCUCUCUACUAAGAACUAUGAAGCUGAAGCAACAAAUCCUUCCAGUACCUGUCAAGAUGCCCCUAUUACCUUUGAAUUUUGCUCUCAAGAUGGUCCUUCAUUUGCAGAUUUGGCAAAGAAUUCUGGUGAAUUUGCUUUUGGCAAAAAAGAUCCUAACUUCUCCUGGGCAAAUGCUGGAGCAGUGGUGUUCAGUAGCAGCUCUACAGCAUUGUCCCGUGAUGAGGAACAGGAGGAACAAGACAGUGGUGAAGAUGUUUCUAACAAUACAGAGAUUCACUUUGAACCUAUUGUUUCACUGCCAGAGGUUGAGGUGAAAUCUGGUGAGGAGGAUGAGGAGAUUCUCUACAAGGAAAGGGCAAAGCUUUAUAGAUGGGACCGUGAUUUGAACCAAUGGAAAGAACGUGGUGUUGGUGACAUCAAGAUUCUCUUCCACCCAUCAAAAAAGUAUUAUCGCUUGCUUAUGAGGCGUGAACAGGUCUUAAAGGUGUGUGCAAACCACACCAUCACAAAAGACAUAGAACUGAAACCCAUGAACACCUCUGCCAACGCUCUGGUUUGGACAGCUAAUGACUAUACAGACGGUGAUGCUAGGGUGGAACAGCUAGCUGCCAAGUUCAAGAGUGCUGAUCUAGCAGGGACCUUCAAGAGAACCUUCAUGGAAUGUCAGAGUCGCAUGCGUCAAGAAGACUUCUCCCAGUCUUCAAGAAUUGCUGAGCUUUCUAAACCAAGCAAUCCCUUGGUGUUCUUCACUAUUGCUGCUGAUGGUGAGGUCAUGGGCAAGAUCACCAUGGAGCUGUUUGCUCACAUUGCUCCUAAAACUGCAGAAAACUUCAGAGUUUUGUGCACUGGAGAGAAGGGCUUUGGCUACCGCAGUUCUGUUUUCCACAGGAUAAUCCCUGAUUCCAUAUGCCAGGGUGGUGAUAUUACCAACCAGGAUGGCACUGGUGGAAAGUCCAUCUACGGAGGCAAGUUUGAGGAUGAGAAUUUUGACGUAAGACACACUGGAGCAGGUCUGCUCUCUAUGGCUAAUCGUGGCAGAGACACUAACAACUCUCAGUUUUUCAUCACCCUGAAGAAAGCUGAGCAUUUAGACUUCAAGCAUGUUGCUUUUGGCUUUGUCAAAGAUGGAAUGGAUGUUGUGAAACAAAUGGGAGAGCUGGGCUCUAAAAGUGGUAAACCGAGUAAAAAGAUAACAGUGAUGGAGUGUGGACAGCUGUAAUCAUCAAAUUAUUUGAUCGUGUGUGUGUUUCAUUUUCCCUGUCAUCUCUGAUAACUUAGAAUCUCUUCACAUCAGGCAUGUACCAGAAAGAUGACCAAAGGGGAGAAAAACUCAUACAAAUUUUACUUUAUAUUUGCUGGGAGUAUAAAAAUAUUUUUUGUUGAUGUGAUGGCACUGAUGAGACAUUUGCUCAGAAUGCAUCAGGAAAGCUGCUUUGUGAUUACUGAGUACAUUUUAAUCAGUAAAACUUUUUUGUCUUUAUACACUUCCUUAAUAAAAUGUAAAGUUUGUACAGCCGGCGCUGCCAUUGUUUCCUGACCAUUGUAAUUGUCAAAACUAUAUGGAUAAGUGCUCUGCAUGUUCUAAUAAAUACAUCUUUUGUAAAAUCAGACUCUGGAGAUAGAAUGCUACAGAAUUGGACUAAAAAGCUACUCCCAUCUCAAUGCUCAUUUUUAUAAGCGUAUUUCAGGGGUUUUGUUUGUUUGUUUUUUAAGUCAAUUUGACAUUUUCUGUUUGGUUUUUUUUGCCAGUAAUAAAGGAUUAAAUCAAACUUUUGUGAACUGAAA